GUGCUUACUCCAUAUCUAGCGGGUACAAUUCAACCCAUAUAUUGCUGAAUCCAACAUUGGAUUUAAUUGCAAAUUUUAAAGCUAGUCUCCCCAAUGAUUCACUUGCUCUUACAAACAAUGAUAGUAGCCAAUGGUCCGUUGGUAGUGCUACAUCUGUUCGUGCUAGGUUUUUUGUGACUAAUGAGAGGCUAACCAUAAGGGAGAUCAUCGAUACUGAUCUG